CAGAGAAAUUAUGGAACAGCCGGUUAACUGAAAAUAUAUAUUUUCUAUAAGAAUUAGAAUACUAACGUACAAGAAUGCAAAAAAAGCCUACCAAUUCAUUUGGACAAAGUGAUUUUACAAGAUCAAGUUACAGCCACAACUUGAGGAAGAAACCAAAAAAUAAAAAUAUCACUGAAGUGCUAUAGGUUAGGUGACCUAUUCGAUAGGAUACUUUUUACUAAAUUUACGAAUCGUUAGCAGAAUUUGAAUUAUUAUUGCUUAACAAAUUUGUUACAAAUUAAAGCUGUAACAUGCAUGUAUGUAGGUGUCAAAUUAAACAAAUGUUUUUAAAUCAACUGUAACGAUGUCACUUGUGGUGAGAAUUACCGGGGUUAAUUGAUGCUACCUUUAUUUUAAUCUAAUCCUACUUCCUAAAUAAAAUAAUGAUGUGUUUAACUUUUAAUGAAGCAAUUUUUAUAUCUUUAGGCAAUAAAAUAUCAAGAAAAAUAUGAAAGCCAUUUUUUCCAUAGUGCUACCGCUCAAUAGGUCGAAUAUGUGUUUAAGGGCUAUUGAGAAUGUUUAAAAUGUCUAAAUUCUAUGCUUAAGUAUCAUCUUUCUUUUUUUUUUUUUUCUUCUUUAAACUUUCUGCUACGAACUUUUUAAAUCGUUGUUGACACGACACAACAACAACACAAACUUAUAUUUUCAUCCAUCCUUUCAUUUCCGACACUAUUGGUUUGUAUUAUAUAAAAUACUUUGAACAUUUGGAUAUACGAAUUACGAUAAUAUUCGAGACAAAACAUAAAGAUUAUACAAAACUAUAAAGCAAGAGUCAUGGUUUAGUGGCGCGGUGAAGGAUUUAUCUAUGAAAUUUGACAAAUGAAACAAGUUUAUCAGUUACAAACAUAUGAAAAUACUAAAACAUAUAAUUUAAUGGUGUGUAUUAAUAUGAUCUAGUGUUAUAAUCUAGGUUUGUAACGUAAUUUGUGUAACUUGUAGACAACAAAAAUAUUUACAUAUUUAAUGUUUUUCACUAGAGAAAAAACUACCAAAAAUUGGAUGGUCUGGUGCCAGUUAAAAUGGUUCCAUAUGAUUAAAUAUAGGGAUUAUAAGAUUUUAGUAUAUGUCCAUGUAAUAAAGGUGUAGAAUAAUUAAAAAAAAAAAAAAAAAAAAAAGCCUAUAAAGAAUCCAAUGCCAAGUGGACUCGCCACUAUAAAUACUUGCUCACCCCUCCUCCUCUUCCCUCUCAAAUUCAUUCCUCUCUUCUUAAUUACCAUCCAAUCUCUCUGUUAUUAUACAUUAGAUCUCAAUAAUAAUCACCAACCCUCAUUAAAAUCCUUUGUUUUGCUCUGUUUUUCUGAAGAACAUAUAAAAAUGUCACUUGUUGUUUGUCAACCUCAAGAUAACAUCGUUCCGAAGAAUCAAAGUUUCUAUCAAAAAGAUGACAUGGGUGGGUUGAGUUUCCUGCAAUCUAUGUCCGACAUCACUGCCAUUGUCCAAACCAAAGAGGAUAAAGCUUAUGUUCACCCGAUGGAGAAACGCUCUGUUUCUAAGCUCAAUGAGAAAAGCUUAGAGAUGUGCACUGAGAGUCUCGGAACCGAAACAGGAAGCGAGAGUGGUGACGAGUUAUCAUUGCUUGCGUUUGAAGCAGCCACUACUCCUAGGGUUCCUCUUCAGCUGAAACCACGAGAAGAUACUAACUUGACGGACAAGAAAUCGCCGAUGGUUCGCAACAACAGUUUCCCGCCGCCGAUAAAGUUCGUUGAAGACUCAAAGUAUAAUCGUAUGGUGAGAUGGUUAGGAGAAGAUGGUCGACUUGUAGUUCAAGCAAUUAGGGCUUCGUCUCCGCCUAGUUGCUUUGUAGCUGAACGUGGUGAAGGAAGGCUUCGUCUCAUGUUAACGUCGGAAAGUUCUCUUCUUAGUCACAGUCAUGAGGAGGAGGAGGAAGAAGAAGAAACAGAGGAGGGCAUCGAUGAGGAAACUAGUGAUAUCAUGGAGGGUAAAUAUGGAAAUAAAAAGUUUAGCAGAUUAAGCAGAAGAUGCAAGGAGAAUGGUCGUGAGCCUAAACCAAUGCUUACUUGGAAGCAGCAGCACUUUUGGGUCGCUACUUCAACUUAAUUCGACUAAUUAACGUGGGUUUUAUUUUAGUUUAUCUAUGUAAUAUGUCUGUAUGUUUUCUUGUCUUUUCUAUUUGUAGUAUGAUUUCUUGAGGGGACUGGUAAUGUAUUUUACUUCUAUUAAAUGUAAUGUUAAAUGGGUCUAAUAAUAUUAUCAUAAUUAUUGUUGUCA